AUGUCGACGACACCAUUAAAACGCAGUAACCAUACAAUCGUCUUCAAAUUUCCAUCGACAGUUAAUUUGUCAAAUCCAUCAUCAUCAUCAUCACAAGAUGAACAUUAUGUACAUCCAUCUGUUGAUCGACGUGUUUGUCUUAAAGCUGGUGUUAAAGUACGUAAAUUACCCACUGUAACAGCAACAGCAACAGUAUCAUCAACUCCACCCAUACCAUUAAUUGAAUCACCAACUGUUUCAACAAAUCUUCCAAGCAAUUCAACAUCACGUUUAUUUCCAAAAAUAUUUGGUAAUAAAAAAUUAGAAUCAAUCUUAGCACGUCUUGAUGAUCCACAUAUAAAUCCACAAUUAGUUGAAAAUAUGGAUGAAUUAAAUCCAAAUAUUGUCUUAGAAUUUUUACUUGAAUCAAAUAAACAUACUCAAAUAACAAACAAUCUAUCUGAUGAUGAUAUUGUAAUUAUAUUAAAAUAUUUUAAUGAUUUUCUUAUACAUGGUUAUCAAGGUAAUUUUCAAAAAUUGCGUGAAUUAAAAAUUUAUAAACCACUCUGGGGAAUUUUAUCUAAUGAUGAUAAACAACAACAACAAAUACCUAUACAACAAUGUUGUUCAUUAGAAAAUUUUUCACAUGUUUAUAUCUUAAAUGAAGAAUGGUCAAAUAUUAUACGUCGUUCAUUUAAACGAAAUUUUUUUAGUGAACAAUUUCAUGAGAAGAAAACCGUAUUUUUGAUGCAAAAAAAAAUUGAACCAUUAAAUAAAAUCUUUUGUCAUAUACGUUUUAAUAUCUUAAGUGAUUUGGAAAUCUUUUCACAAUUAUGUUUACCAUAUUUUCGAAAAUUAGAUGUUAAAUCACAAGCAAAUCUAUUAAAAUAUUUUAUUGAAGAAAUUGAAGAAAAAUUAUUUCCACAUGAUAAAGAACAAUGUAAAAAACAAUUACAUGAUCUUUUAGAAAUAUUUACACAAACAUCAAAUAAUCAAAAUGAUUGUUUACAAAAAACACCAGCAGGAAUUGCAAGAUCAUCACGUGAUCCACCUGAAAUUUGUCCAAUACAUGAAUUAUAUGAUCCAAAUAUAAAAAAUAUUCGUUCGAUUCUGGGUGUUCAUCAUUUCCCUGAUGAACAAUUUCAUACACCAACAUUAUUAAAAUUUCUUAAAGAAUGUGGCCUUCGUUCGUACAUAUCAACAGAUAAAUGUAAACAAAUUAUGGAAUCAAUACAACUUAAUGUUAAACAAGAAGGUUGGACAAAUGAACAACGUAAACGUUCAAAAUAUUUAUAUGAACAUUUAUUAACAAAUUGGACACGUUAUGAUAAUUCAAUAUUAGAUUAUAAAUUUCUUGAACCCUAUCAAAUGCGUUCAGAUAAUGAUGAUUUAUUACAAUUACAUGAACAAUAUACCAAUAGUUCAGAUACAAAUUCAACAGAAUAUUUUCGUUUUACAUGUAUUAAAUUAAGUGAUGGAGAAUUAAUGAAAGAUGCAAAAUUAUGUUGGACAUCAUCCUAUUUAUUACCGGAAUUUAUACGUCUUGAACAUUAUAAUGAUAUUAAUGAUCAAAAAGAAUCUAUUGAACAAAAUGCUUUAGAAUUUUUUAAAUUAAAUAAAAAACCAUCAUAUGCAUUAGUACAAAAAAAUCUUUCGAAUUUAGCAAAAAAAUUUUCAUUAAAAAAUCAACAACAACUAUUCAAUGAUUUUAAAUCUCCUUCAGUAACAAUAAGUCAACAUAUUGUUGAUGAUAUAUUAAUACCAGUAUUAAAAUCGAUUUAUAAUUAUUUUCAAUAUGAAAUUAAAAUCGAACGUCGUGUUGAAAUUUAUAAAGAAUUAGAAGAUCGUGAAUGUAUUUAUUCUCGUACACGUCGACAAUUUUUACCAGCAAAAUAUUUCUGUUUAAAUUUACCAAUAACAGAUGAAAUACCACCAUUUAUAUUCUCAUUAGAUACUGAAUUUCAUGAAUAUAAAGAAUUUUUUCUACAAAUUGGUACACAACCUGAACCACAUCCAAUGUUAUAUGGUGAUAUAUUACGGAAAUUAUCAAAAGUUUGUGAACAAGAUUAUUUAAAUUCAAAUGAAUUAUGUAAAUCAUUGAAAGCUAUGGAAUGUUUCUUUAAAUAUUUAGCAACAAGUACAACAAUUACUCCACAAACUAAAUUACCUGGUCUGUAUCUUGUAUCGAAUGAUUUUAAAUUAAUAAAAUCUAAUGAUAUUGUCAUUAUGGAUGAUAAAACCAAACUUGAUUAUAUGACAAAAUUAAAUCAAGAUAAAUUUAUGUUUAAUCCUAAUGAACGUGUACUUAAACUUGAUCCUAAUCCUCCAUCUUCAAAUUCGAAACCAAAUAAUACGGCAACAAAUUUAAAAGAUAUUAUUGAUAAAAUAUUUGUUAGUCAACGUCCAGUAUUAUUUAGUCAGAAAUAUGAAGAAUCAUUUUCAAUAACAAUCCCUGAAGAUGAAGAAUCACAUCGUCAACGAUUUUUAUUUAAUCUUGAAAGAAAAUAUAAUCAAUUAUUAUCAUCACGUCAUUUACAUCGUUGUAUGGCACGUGUUAUUGCUAAUCAUGUUGCACGACAACAAAAUCCAAAGAUAAUAUCACUUGAUGAUGUUGAAAAUUUAAUUCGUCAACGUUUAACAUUUGUUAAAGUCACAUGUGUUGAAUAUCUUGAAACAAAUUUAAUUUAUAAAAAAACUCAACAAAAAAUCGAUACAUCUGUUGAUGAAAAAGCAGUUUAUCUUGUUGUUGAAGGAGAAGAAAAUGUUAUUUUAUAUAUUAGCAUGAAACAUACAGAACAACCUUAUUUUACAUUAUGUUUAGCACGUGCAUUAAGUCCAUGUUUAGGUUUAUCAGAAUUACAAUUAGAUAAUUCUGUUAUGGCUGCUCUUUUAGCAACAACUAUUGGACAAAUGGCUAAAUUAUUAAAUUUAGUUAACGUUGCAACUGAAGAAAAUAUUUUAUCUAUACUUAAAUUACAAUAUAUACCAUCACCAGGUAAUGUUUAUGGUGAUGAUAUUGAACAAUUACAACAAUUUAAUAUUGAACAACAUCAAAUUUUACCAGGAGAUUUAUGUGUUUAUCGUGUGAAUGAUUUAUAUAUAUAUUGUGAAGUUGAAAAAAUUAUUAAAGAAUCAUUAAAUGACAAUGAUAAUAAUAAUAAUACGAAAGAUGAAUGGUCAUAUAAAAAAUCUGAUUCAUCAUUAUCAUAUGUAUUUAUAUGUAAAAUAAAUGAUGCUAAUGAAACACAAAAAAUCGAUGCACCAAAUUUUUAUGUACUUGAACAUUGGUCAAGAAUAUUCGAUGCUGUACAUACGAAACCAGUUGAUGAAAGAGAAUCAUUUAAAUCAUCAUCAACAACUACUCAGGGCAAAAAUGGUGAUAAAGAUAAAUUCAACGAUGAAAAAACUUCUUCCUCUUCGAAACGUUCAGGAAAAUCGAAUAAUGCUGGUGAUACUACAAAUGAUACGAAUAAGCCUACGAAUGGUUCAGAUAAUUUUAAACCUUACGGUCAAACAUCAGCUGAUAGUGAUUCAUCGGGUAAUGCAACAUCCGAAUCUCAAUCAGAAUCCGAAUCAACUCAAGCCAACGAACAAGAUAUGAUUGAUAAAACUGAACUUGAAUUAACUAAAACAGAAAUCUAUAAUGCUGUUCGACAAGCAUAUCAAUUAACUGGACAAGAUCGUAAAAAAACAGUUAAAAAAUUAUUAUUAAAAUGGCAUCCAGAUAAAAAUCCCGGUCGUGAACGUUUUGCUGCUGAAGUAUUUAAACAUUUACGUAAACAAAUUGAUCAUUUCGAAAAUGAUCCAUUAACAUCAUUUUUUAAUACAUUCAAUAAUUUUCAUCAUACACCAUUUUCAACAUCGGAUCCACGAUUUAGUUGGAAUAAAUAUUCCAAUACAACAAAAAGUGAUCCGCAUCAAAGUUCAUCAUCAACAGCAACAGGUGAUGAACGUUUUGGUAGUUUUGAUAAUUUAAAUAAAGAUACAAAUGAUGAUACAAAACGUAGUUAUCAAGAUAUACCUAAAGAUCCUACCGAUACGACGAACGAAACAAAUGGAAAUACAAAUAAAAGUCGUUUUAGUCCACAUCGUUCAUCAUCAUUUCGUACAGCUCGUGAAGAAUGGCAAUAUCGUCGUCAACAUGGUUUUCAACGACGUCAUGGAUUUUUUAGUCCAACAGAAGAAAAUACAACCAAUGGUACAAGUACGACAACGAAUGGAACAAAUACUCAAACAUCAUCAUCAACUGGAGGAAUUUCUGAUCCUAUUUUUGAAGAAAGUCCAAAUGCACGUCGUAAACGUAAUUAUCAACAAUCAGAAGCUGAUCGAUGGCUUAAACAAGCUCAACAUGAUUUAGAAAGUUCAUAUAGUGAUAUGCAUUCAUCUACUGGUCAAGUUGCAUAUGAUUGGGCUUGCUAUAAAUGUUAUCGAGCGGCUGAAAAAGCCUUGAAAGCUUAUCAUUAUUAUAAAGAUACAGGCAAAAAUAUGACAGCUGAUAUUCCUGGUCUAUUAAUUGGUGUUGAUAAUGAUGUACGUGAAAUAGGUUAUAAGUUAUACAAAUGGAUCGGUGAUCCAAAUCGAAUGCAAUAUCCAAAUGCAGCACGAUUUGCUAAAAUUCCAGCUGAAGUAUUCACUGUUUCACAAGCUGAACAAGCUAUUGAAUAUACAAAAGAAUUAUUGAAGAAAAUCGAAGAUAUUAUGUAUCCGUGA